AUGCGUCCCGAGGAGGCUCCGGUUCUCAACUCACCAUUCCCUUCUAUACAGUAUGGCUCAGGCAUCGGUGACGCCCCUUCUGCCACACACGACACAAGUCGCAUCAACUUACAUGGCCGCCUUGGGUGGAAGCAGUCUGCCGCUAGAGCCUUUCCAAACAAAGGCCGGUCUUCGCAGCGGUACAAGAACGUCCAAGUGCUUCUCCUACACUGGAAAACGGACGACCUAUUCGUGCUGCCCGAGCUCGAAGACCUGGCAACAUUCUUCAGCGGAGAUUUCGGCUUCAACACGGACAUCUUCGCAAUACCGUCCGACAACCCCCACUUAGAUCUAAUGUUAAAGGUCGGUUCCCUCAUCAAGGAGCACGAGUCUGAAGAUACCCUUUUUAUUGUCUACUACGGCGGCCAUGCCAAGAUCGACGAGUCCAGGCAAAGCACUUGGUGCGCAACUCGACACUCGGGUUCCCCGUCACUGCAAUGGUCUGCUAUCCAGACACUGCUGGAGCGUUCCGUGUCGGAUGUCUUGAUACUAUUGGACUGCUGCGCCGGGGCAGCUUCAGCGACAUUUCCCAAUGGCAAGAGUAUCACCGAGACAAUAUCAGCUUCAAGCUGGGAUGCCAUCGCGCCUGAUCCUGGGAGAUACUCUUUCACGAAUGCGCUCAUAGAGGUUCUGGGAGAGUGGAGACUAAAGACAUUCUCGGCAGCCAUGCUACAUGCCGAAGUUCUGGCACGCUUAAAGCAUCCUCGACCCAUCCGCAUCAAUGGCAAACGAUUCGAGGCGCGGUCGACUCCUGUGCAUUUCAUGAUGACAUCGGAUCACAAGGCGCCAAGCAUUGAGAUGAGCCGGAUAGCUCCCGACGACCCACAACCUCCAUCACCACCGCAGCCGUCCAGCUCCUUAGAUGGGAGGCUCCUAGGUCGAGGCUCGGUAGAGGAUGGCUGCUUUACGCAGCCAAACGAAGACAAGCCUCAUGUCAUGAUUUCUUUAGCACUCGAAGACGACCAGAGGCUGGAUCUGAAUGCUUGGGAGCAGUGGCUGGCCAGCUUCCCAGCCCUGGCCAAAUAUGUGACGGUACAAGGCGUCUUCAAGAGCCACUCCACCCUGCUCCUUCUUUCCAUGCCAGUCACAAUAUGGGACCUUUUGCCUGAGGACCAGGCUUGCUCCUUCGUGGCGUUUAUUCGAUCCAACAAUCUUAUCAAAGCGCCUCAGGAGCCUGAGCCACCUGUGGAAAACGUGGCUGAUCUAUACUCGAGCGACAGGGCAUCUGUCUUCUCAGGAACAACAUACAGAGACAGCAUCGUUGCACCUACAUUCCCAGUGCACUCGCUCAGCCCUAUAGCGCAACAGAACACCUCUCUGAACGAGGUUGCGGGACCCCAUAGGGGUGGAAACAGGUCAGGGAACUGGCGAACCCAGACCAGUAUGUCACUGUACCCGGAACAAAUGCCUCCUCAAUCACUCACGCGAGUGCCCUCGGGCAAUUCAGAAAGACCGUCGCUGAAAUCUUCACUCUCAAUGGCGUCAUUUCGGACGGCUCCUUUGUCCGCUGUAAUGGGACUGGGAGAGGCAGCACUGGAGGGAGGAAUUAUACGCAAACCUCUGGUUAACCAGUCGCGGAAUUCCAAGAGAACGGUAUUCGACAAUGAUUACGACGUACCCGAGGGCCCACCCCUAGCUGCUCAUGUCGUCAACCGAUUAGAAGACUACUAUCAAAAAGAUCCGCAUCCGAGCGACGGGACGACAGAGUACUAUGCUUCUCACCUCGGUAUCGAAGCAUCGGAUGUCAAGAUCUGGUUCCAUCAUCGACGGCAAAGAGAGAAAGCAGCAACCAAUCUGGAAAAGUUGAGGACGGCGGACAACAGGCCUGACAGUCAGCCCCCUCAGCCCGGGCCGCAGACUAUUCUCGCCGGCCAUUUGAACGACUUGCUUGGUAUCUUCACGCCAGCUCAGGUUCUCUUUAUUGACCUCAGGUCUCCAUCAGAGUUCCAGAAGUCUCACAUCCACGGUGCAAUCAACCUCCGUGUACCUCUGAAGUUCCUCAGGACGGCCAGCCUAGACAUACUUGCCCGCACAUUCACUGACGAACAAAGUCGAAGAGCCUUUUCCAGAUGGAGCAGGACCAAGUGUAUGGUUGUCUACGAUCGGAACAUCGAGGCGCCAUGGGAAUGCCCCGUUGCGCAGGAACUGCUCGAGAAAUUCAGAAGCGAGGGAGGCUGGUCUGGGAGGUGUUUCCUAUUGAAAGGGCCAUUCCGCGAAUUCUCCCUAUCAUACGAUAAAUAUAUCACAGGCGACAGAAUGACAAAGGCCGCCAAGAGAUACGAGGACGGGCUCAGGUCCGCUACACCACCAACCGUGGACACGCUCAGGGAGAAGCUGGCGCGAUUUGAAGAGUGGUUGCGCCGGGUAGAGCGUGAAGAGCCUACAAAAGUGAACGACCUUACCCCUACGGUGGUCAGUGAGCGGGCCAUGGUUGUGGAUGAGCACCAGAAGGAACUCGAGGCAGAGUUCAAGGCACGGUUCCCAGACCUCUACAAAAAGAUGGAGAACCCACCACCCUCGCGAGCGCCACCCGCGCCGCCCAGACAGGACAGGGAGGCUGGGGUUCACGACGAGGAUUAUUUCGACAGCAUGAAGGCACCUCUUGUGGGCUACCUAGCCACGGGUCUCGACAAGAUGCGCGAGGCCAACAACGGUAGCUCACAAGCAGGCUAUUCCUUCCCUGACGAGAGGGUCCCGGACAAGCUUGGCGAGCUCUCGCCCCUGGAUUACGACGAUUUUGAUGAAAUCGACCCCAGAGAGGCCUCGCCGUCGCCAUUCUAUGCGCCAGGAGGCGGCCGGUCUGCGGCCGGGGCGGACGUCGGCAGCAUGAUCAGUCAUUCAAGCAGCCGCUCGAGCGCCACUGGGAAGAAGAACGCUCGUGAAGCACAACAGCAGCAGCAGCAGCAGCAGCAGAGACAGGGGCUCUGGAAGCGAUUACGAAGCAACGGUGGGAAAUGA